AGCUUCAGCUCCAGUGAACCUCCUUUCAGCUGUUGGGUUAAAGAAAUGCAAACUGGAAGAGCAGGUUGGACCGAAAUGCGAAGGGAAAAAAAAAAAGAGAAAAAAAUGGCUUAUUGUCUGCGCAGAUUUACUCACACUUCUCCUUACUAUCUCUGCUGCAUUUCCUAGCAUGACUUCAAAGAGGGAGAAAGCUGCAGAAAUCCAGGAGGGAGAAGAAAAAGAAACUGAGGAAAACUGAGAGGAAAAAAAAAGAGAGAGAGAGGACGGGACAAGAGGAAAGAUUCAGGGGGACAAAAGAUGCAGCGCUUUGAUGUCAGAAGCUGAAUGCUGGCAGAGGGAGAAAACUGAUCUGAAACCAUCCGAUCUGAUUUCUUCCUCCCCCACCUUGGACCCAUCCAUGUGAGGAUAGAAGGAACAUGGCCACUGAAAAUUUUGCGGAAAUCUUGAACAGACUCAAGGAAACACACGAGAAAGAAGUCCAGGGCCUACAAACCAAACUGAAUGAACUAACCAAUGAGAAAUGUCGAGACAACCAAAGAAUUGAAGAGCUCUUUACCAAAAACCACCAACUGCGUGAACAACAAAAGGGACUUAAAGAAAAUGUGAAAGUCUUGGAAAACAGGUUGCGAGCUGGGCUCUGCGACAGAUGCCAAGUGACCCAAGAGCUUGCAAAGAAGAAGCAACAUGAGUUUAUGAAGGCCCAUUUUCAAAGUCUUCAACACAUCUUCAUCCUAACUAAUGAAAUGAGUAAGCUGAGAGAUGAAAACAAGAGCCUGAAGGAAGAGCUGAAGAGGUUAUGUGGCCCAGACAACAGAGACAGGCCGAAAACUUUCAAAGGGCAGCCCAGAGAAGGAAACUGCGUCCCAAGCGUGUCUUUAUCUAUCCUCUCAAGCCGAAGCAGAAAACCGAGUGCUGGAAAAAACGUGAGCCCAGAAACAGAAGACGAGUAUCCCGAGCCGCUGGAAGGAGAUCAGUCUCCUGAACACAGACUUUCUCCAGAAAGCAGGAUCUCCCCUAACCUCCUUCUCCAGGGAGACCAUGCUCUGGAUAUGAGCUCUCAAAAGAGGGUCAACCAAUUGCAAGGAACCAUUGAGCUGAUGAGAACAGGAUCCCGAACCUCCUCACAAGAAAGAGAUUACCCAGAAAGUGUCUCCCCACCCCUUACAAGCAAAACACCACCAUCUCCCCAUUGCGAUCAAAGUCCCAGGUUUGAAGCAUUUUUAAGAUCCAACAAAUCGGAUUGCCGAGCCUCCCCCUCGUCUUGUGAGAACCUGAGGUUCGCCACCAAAAAGGAACAGCUCUACCUCUUCAACCAAAGUUUAGCCCUGCAUCAUCUUGGCCUCCGGAAUAACCCGGCCAGCAAAGAGGGCGAUUUCCCUCACCAUCUGUUACUGGCUAAGGAAGUCGGCAGUCGCAUGAAGCCCCCAGUUGAGUGGGAAGACCAAGCGGCCAUCUUGGAACUUCCUGGUGCUGUGUUGUACAUGAAAGACCGUCAUUUGGAAAACAAGCUCCAGCUUCUUAACAGCUCGGAGAAACUCCGUUGUUUGUUGAUGCAGCAGGAAGGGAAAGGAAGAGGCGAGGACAGUUCAGAUCAGACCCCUUCCCUAUCCCCAAGCGUCGACAAAGAAGGGAAGAAGGAAAGACCCUGUCCAGAAGAUUUGAUGGACGAUACACUAGAGGAGCUGUUCCAGGUCCAUAAAGAAAACCCGGACCGAGGAGAGAAAGCCACAUCUGUGCAGGACAAUGCCACGGAAGCACCUCUGGAUUUAUCAGAUUAUGGAAGGGGAAGAGAAAGUGGCACCAACUGGCACCCUCGGUCCUCAGUGAAACGCGAAAGGCGAAGUCCAGGCGGAGAUGAGAAUGAGGAGUCUGUUGUUCAGAAAACCUGUUUGUCCAGCUGGCUUGGUACAACUCCGGAACGCCAUUACGGGAACCAACGACUGGAACAAUUCACAGCUGGAGCCAAGGAAAAUAUAGCAGUUUCUCCGAUAUCUCUGCCAAGAGAACCUGCUGUGUCCAAGACAUCUUCACAUGAUUCCACUGCUGAUACAGAAGUUAAGAUGCCUUUUCAAGUGGAGAAUCAAGACCCCAAGCGGCCAGAUUACAGCGAUUCUGACUCACUAAACGAUGGCUCUGAUGGGACAGCUGUAUCUGAGAGUGAGAUAGUUGAUACUCGUGAAGAGAAAGCUCUCCCAGGAGGUUCGGCAAAAGAAGACUACUGCUAUGUAACUGAGAAAAUUCAGAAUUUGCAGAAGAAACGGAAAAGGGGACACAAUUCGUCAUUAAAAGCCUACAAGAAAUCAGUUCAAGGAGGAGAGAGGGCUACAGCCAUCCACAUCCUCCCUGGCUCAAAAGACACGAAGGAAAUGGCAAACCACAGCCCUGCUUUCAGACAUGAGGCGCACGAGGAGACAUAGCUUAAAAACAUUCUCACUUGGACUUGCUUGGUAGCCUAUGCUGAAGUUAAACUUUCCUGGUUUUGAUCAGGAAUCCUAUAACAGACACAAAAUAAUUCUUGGUAUUUUAGUUGCUAAGGUUAAACAGCCUUCCACGUUACACAGACUUACAUAGGGAAUUGUCAGAUAUUACAAUUGAAAUUGUGAGGAAAUGGGACAUCCCGGAUGGACCAGGUGUGUAGAAGAAUUUAAGAACCACUUCUCUGAUUACCGUAUUUUUUGGACUAUAAUAAGACGUACCAAAAUUUAGAAGAGGAAAACAACAACAAAAAGUUUUGGGCCUCCGCACGCCCCAUUUUCGGGCCUUUUUUGGGGGGGGCUUUUCCAGCCUGUUUUCGGCCUCUUUUCGGGGCUUUUCCGGCCUGUUUUCAAGACUUUUUUCAGCCCAUUUUCAAGGCCCUUUUUGGCCUGUUUUCUAGGCUUUUUUGGCCCAUUUUCAAGGCUUUUUUCAGCCUGUUUCCGGGGCUUUUUUCGGACUGUUUUUUGGCCCGUUUUCAAGGCUUUUUUCGGGCCGUUUUUUCGAAAAACAGCCAGUGGGUAGGCGGGGUUUCACCAAUAUUCGGUCUAUAAAAUGCACAGACAUUUUCAUCCCCUUUUAGGAGACAAAAAAUAUGUUUUAUAAUCCAAAAAAUAUGGUAUACUGGAAAUAAGAGUAUAGGUCAGUGAUGGCUAAACUUUUUGCCAUCGCGCGCCAGGAGUGGGGGGGUUGUGCGCAUGCCCACGCCCAUAAUUCUAUGUGCCCUGCCCCCACGGAUGUGCAUAGCCCCCCCGCUCCCCCCGCUCCUGGCAUACAAUGGCAUGGUAGGCCCAUUUUUUGCUCUCCCCAGCCUCCAGAGCCUUUCUAGGAGUCUGGGGAGGGCAAAAACGGCCUUCCCCACCCUCCCGGAGGCUGGAAAUGGCCUGUUUGCCAACUUCCGGUGGGACCUCCUGCGCACCGGAGCUGAGCUCGCGUGCCCACCGAUAUGGCUACGCGUGCCACCUGUGGCACCUAUGGCGUGCCAUAGGUUCGCCAUCACGGGUAUAGGUAGUCCUCGAUUUAUGACCACAGUUUUGCCCAAAAUUUUUGUUGCUGACAUUUGUUAAGUGAGUUUUGCCCCCUUUCACAACCUUUCUUGCCACAGUUGUUAAGUGAAUCACUGCCGUUGUUAAGUUGGUAAUAUGUUUGAUAAGUGAAUCUGACUUCCCCAUUGACUUUGCUUGUCAGAAGGUCACAAAAGAGGUUUGGAUGACCCCCUGGACACUGAAACCGUCAUAAAUAUGAGUCAGUUGCCAAGCAUCUGAAUUUUGAUCAGGUGGCCAUGAGGAUGCAGCAAUGGUCAUAAGUGUGAAAAACGGUCAUCAAUCACUUUUUUCAGUGCUGUUGAAUAACAGAAACAGAAUAGCAGAGUUGGAAGGGACCUUGGAGGUCUUCUAGUCCAACCCCCUACUCAAGCAGGAAGCCCUAUACCACUUCAGACAAAUAGUUGUCCAAUUUCUUCUUAAACCUUUUAACAUCGAACAGUCACUAAAUGAAUAGUUGCAAGUCAAGGACUACCUGUAUAGGUAUAUAACCCUGUUGAUCUAGUACUUUCUUCACAGGGUACAUGGCAGUAAAGACAUUGUACAUGAAUAGAAAAAGAAAUGAGUUUGAUGUAUUUAGCACCCUGUGGUCAAAACUACCUAAAAUAUGCCAAGUGUUUGUUCACCAAUGAUGUGUUGAUUAAAUGUCUGCAUAAUUUGAA